CAUUUUGAGGGUCCUUGACAGUAGCAUUUGAAAUUGGAAAUUUGAUUGAAUUUAAAACAUCGGGUAUCUUUUUAAGAAAAUAUGGGAAUAGAACGUCCUUAACAAAGGAUAUUGGACAAAUAGUGCCUUCAAUAUCUAGAACGAUGGCAAUACUUGAGGCCAUGCUUAUAGAAUAACAAUAAGUUGAAUAUUUUUUAAGCUUUUUGAUUUUUUGGAAAUGCAAUUAAAUUUUAACGAGAGAGAAGAUAGGACGAAGGAAAAAAAAAACAUUAGUAAUUCCACGCACGAAGCUAUUGGAUAGUAAUAAAAUCACUCGUUUAAUCUGAAAUUUUUGUGGGAAACUUUCAUGACUUAAGAUAUAUACAGGUAAAAUUCAAGUAAAUCAAAUAGAAAAGGUGGAAAAAAAGUUGAAUAUUACUUUUUGUUUAAAAUGACAAAAGAUAAGGCAGAGUACGAGAUUCUUGACUAUCUAUUAAUAAAAAUUCGAGAAAAACUAGUCAGAUUUGCACAAAGCGCCAAUGGAGUGAAUGCAGUUGAUGGAGCAAAUGAACCAUUGAAAUUUUACAAUCGAAUAGUUGAAAAUGGAUUAAUUGAAAUGCCGGAUAUUGGGAAUGGGUAUCAUAAACAAGAUUAUGAUAAAAUGUUGGAACAUGUUGAUUUUAUUUUGAAUAAUAGUGUAAAUACAUGGUCACUUGGAUUUUUGGAUAAGCUUUACUCGUCAACUAAUGCUAUUGGAGUAAUAUCAGAUUUAGUUUUAUCUAUAUUGAAUACGAAUUCGCAUGUUUUUACGGUUUCACCGAUUUUAACAGUUAUUGAGAAAAAGAUUGGAUAUGAGUAUAGCAAAUUGUUUUAUGAUGGAUACUCUGAGAAUAGUGGAGGGCUAACAUUUUCUGGUGGAUCAUGGUCGAAUAUUUCAUCGUUACAAAUUGCUAGAAGUUAUUUGUAUUGCGAUAGUAAAAAAAGAGGAAAUGGAAAUUAUAAAUUUGCUGUAUUUACUAGCAGUCACUCUCAUUAUAGUGUUGAAAAAGCAGCCAUGUUAUGUGGGUUUGGAAGCGAAUCAGUUUUCAAGAUUGAAGUCAAUUCAAGAGGAGAGAUGAAAUGUUCAAAACUUGAAGAGAGCAUUAAGAAAGCGAUUGAAAAUGGAUAUACGCCACUUUAUGUGAACGCAACAGCUGGGACUACAGUUUUUGGGUCGUUUGAUCCCCUUGAAGAAAUCGGGGUGAUUUGUGAGAAAUAUGGUAUUUGGUUUCAUGUUGAUGGAUCAUGGGGAGGAAAUUUUAUAUUUUCAAAAGAGUUGAAGAAUAAGUUAAAGGGCAGUCAUUUAGCCAACUCGAUCACUGUUUCACCACAUAAAAUGUUGGGAGUUCCAACGACCUGCUCGUUUUUGUUAAUGAAGGACAAACGAAUUUUUGUUACGGCCAAUUCUUUGGAUGCGCCUUAUUUGUUUCAUAAAAUAAAAGGUAGUGUUGAAAGUGGUGAUCGGAGAUUAUCGCAAAGAGAGUUGCUAGAGAGUUACAAAAGGAAAGAUGAUGGUGUUAGGAGCGAAGAAAAUUUUAAUUUGGCAGAGGGAACUAUGGGAUGUGGAAGAAGAGCAGAUUCGUUAAAGUUUUAUCUAUCCUGGAAUUACUAUGGGAAAGUUGGAUUUGGUGAAAGAGUGGAUCAUGCGUAUUUUAUCAUGAAGUACUUUAGCGAAAAGAUAGGUGUGAACAAAAGGUUCAGAACACUCAAUAGCUUUGAUGUUUCAAGAGCAAAUGAGCAGGCAGCACGUCCACCUUGUUUGCAGGUUUGUUUCUACUAUGAGCCAUACGAGAUUGGCGACAAAACCAUGAACCACACACCGAUCACAAGAUGGAUGGUUUACAAGUUCCACCAGCUCAACAAGUACCUUAUUGAUUUCUCACCUCCAGUGAAAGACGCCCACAACGAGGGGGAGUUUUUCAGAAUAGUUUUCAUCAACCCCAACUUGACAACCGAGUUCAUAGACCAGUUGGUGGAGGACUUUGGCGUUGUGGGAAGAGCGUAUAUGGAAAACAACCCCAACUGGCGAAACAUAGCUAAUACAGCUCAGAAAGCACUCUGAGCAAUAAAUCACAGAAAAAGCUCAGUAUAUACAGCGCCAGCCAAUAGAAUCGCACGACACAGACACGCAGAGUCCUGCACAGAUGCGCAUAUCACCACCGCUUUGGAAGAAACCACUGCU